AUUUUUUUCUUAUUAUGUUGAUCCAGAUUAGUUUACCUUGUUAACGCUGUUUCCUUUACUAUGGUAAUAAUAAUAAACACGGUGUCAUAGACCAAGAAAGAAGAAGAAGAAGAGAAAAGGAAGAAGACGACUUUGUAAAGCAAAGACCAAGCGUAGACUUAGGUGAAGGUGUAGUGGAGUAUAUACAAUUAAAACAUGGAAUUCGAAUAGUCAACUUUGUACUGGUUCGCCACACUUGGUCAAUGGUUGAUAUAUCCUCUGCUCUUUUUUUUCCACCCUUUUCCAGUUUUCCUCUUACUUGUUCUUCUUAACCAAAUCUCUAAUCUCUCUCUCUCACCAUUUCCUCUCUUUCUCUUUAGAUUCUUCAAGAUUUUCUAGUCUCUCUUUAUCAGGAGUUUGGCGGGUUCCUUGCAAGUUCUUGAUCAAUAUUUCUGGUGAAAUUUUGAGGACUUUAUCUGAAGAAGAACUAAACUAAACAUUCAUUUUCAGUUUCUGGGUCUUUUUUUGUUUCUACAAUUCAAUUUGGUGAAAAGAAAUGGCAGCUGUAAGUUUAUCAUACCCUUUUCAUCGCAAAGUCUUUCUUUUUUCAUACUGUAAAUUGUUUGUAGGAGAGUUGUGUAAUUGAUGGAUGCUGCUUUAUAUUAUUUGAUGACAAUACAGAAUCUAGGCACAUGGGCUACCUCUGUUUCUGCCUUCUAAUGGAUUUUUUCGACUUUCAUGCGCUAUUUAAAUCCAUCCUGUGUUUUAUAUAGUUUCCCUGAACUGGUCAAAUCUUCUUUCUCAAAAAAGGAGGGUGGAGAUGUCUGGUCUUUAACGCUUGUGCAUUUUUGCCUAAGCUGCAGGGCUUGAAUGUUGUUUAUGACCCAAUGAACAUGAUUGCAGUUGACUUUUUAAGAUGGUUUUCUGACUUCUGUGUGGUUCCCAAUUUUCAUAGUUUUAUGCUUCCAAAUUGGCCUGUGUGGAUCAAUUCUCAGAUAGAGAUUUAGGAUAGCUCCAAUCCAGUUUAGAUUGAAACUGUAUUUUUUUUUGGGGGUAAAUUAGAUUGAACCUGUAUUAAUAAACAAGAAACUUGGAUUUCUUCUGGCUUUCUGCUUCUCUGGAGUCGCUGAUUUUUGCACAAUUCUGUUUCGAGUUUGAACUAGUCUUCUUUCUACCAACGCAAUGAUUAGCCUUAUUGAUGAUGAUGACAAUAUAUGUGUUUGAAAUGCUCUAAAUUCAGCGGCCACAUGUACCUCAAUUUGGCAAAUGGGAGAACCAAGACAAUGUGCCCUACACAAUGGCCUUUGAUAAGGCCAGGAAAGGCCGAGGUGCUGGAGGCAAGAUGAUUAACCCCAAUGAUCCUCAGGAGAAUCCUGAAAUGUUCGCCAAUAUGCGUGCCGGUACCGCUCCUCCACCCGCGAGGAAUCGGGCUCAAACACCCGAGGCCAACGGGCGUGGUGGGCCGGUUAAGCCGCUUCAGGAACCCCGGAUGGGCAGGGAAGACUAUGGAAAUCCUCCUAGGCAGUUUGCGCCUUCACCUUCACCUGCGCGCAAUGAAAACUUUGGGAGCCGUAAGACGACUCCUGGUGACUCAGUGAACCAGCAGCAUUCCAGUCAUGGAUCACAUUUGGGCCGGCAGCCACGACAAAGCGCCGGAUCAGAGUACAGUUUUGAGCGAUCCCCAAUGCAUCCUGUGUAUCAGGCUAAGUUAGGCGGAAGAGGUAGUGCUUCCCCGGCUUGGGACGGGAAGAACUCUAUUAAUGACAGUAGCCAUGGUGCCUCGGUUGCAAAGUCCCGAAUGAAGCAAAGUACUCGAGUAGACGAAAGUCCGGACAGAAGUGCUGCAGUUCCAAGAUUUGGGGACUGGGAUGAAAGCAAUCCGGAAGGAGGUGAUUAUACGGGAAUCUUCAACAAAGUAAGGGAGGAAAGGAACCAGACUCCCUCACACGAUGAGGGAAGACGGAUUCCUUACCGCACGAGUCAUAGGCCAAACUCGGACGGCCACGCUAAGGUAUGACUUCUUGUCUCUUUUACACCCGCACAUUGAAGAAUCUAUUUAACCAAUCAAACACCCCUCACCCGUAUUAACAUCAACAGGAUUCAUCAAUUCCUUCUUAUAAGUGAUACUAAAUUCUUACGAAAUUAAAUAGUUGGUGUUAAUUAGUGCUACAAAAAACGUUGUACAUAACUGUUCUCUUUAGUACUUAACUAAAUUUCUAAAUUCUAAACAGGUGGUUCUUAAUACGUUUGUCAUCAUAUUAGUAGUAGUAGUCGUCGUAAGGUGAUUCAGACUCUGUAUAUUUUAAAAUGAUUAUUAUUACGUCUGUCGUGUUAUUAACAGCCAUUUUGAAAUGAAAUAUGUUUGACAGCCAUUUUGAAAUGAAAUAUGUUGUAAUAACACAAUCACACUACCUUUUAAAAAACACAAUUACACUACCACAUAGUAAUACAGUAUUUUCUAAGUCAAAUUCCCUUUUUGUUUCUUAUUAUUGACUAGCCCUUCAUUACCUUUGACAUUCAUUUGCAGGGGGGGUGCUUUUCAUUCUUUGCAAAAUGGUGCUCAUGAGUCUUGACCUUCGGGCGCCGCAUUCUGUUCCUUGGACAUGCAAUUUGUAAAUAGCCCUGAUUCCUGAAGAUUUUAUUGGUGUAAUUUUUGCCGCUAAAUUUUGUAUUGUUAUUAUUUUUUUUCUUUGUUUUAUUGUUUUGAUCACAUUACUAAGGUUCUUCCUUUCGAUUUCCCUGUUUGGGAAAUAUCUUUUAUCCUAUUCGCGUUGAUCAUAAUUGUUGUACUAUGUUAAAUCUUUUCGACGAUAUUUGGGUGAAGUGAAAAAUAAUUACAGACAGUGGCAUUCUUUUUUUUUUUUUUAAUAAUCUCAAAUGUAAUGUAUAAUUCACGUGUUUUAGCAA